GUUUGUUUCUUUAGGCAAUUCGUAAGAUCUGUCCCAAAAGUUGAUUACUUAACACUAAGGCAUGGAUUCAUAACGGCGCAUUUAGCACCUCAGAGCCACCAAAAAUUCGAUUUCAGGAAGUACAUCAAACGAUCACUUGAAGAAGAUUUUAAAGUGGUUGUAGGAAUCAGUCCCCCAAUAUGGUUCCUCGCCGUGCUGUUUUUACUCUUCAACACUCAUGGCUGGUAUUCCUAUCUCUGGCUACCAUUUAUCCCCUUGAUUGUGAUAUUGUUAGUAGGGACGAAGCUACAAGUGAUAAUUACAAAAAUGGGGCUAAGGAUUCAUGAAAGAGGAGAAGUGGUGAAGGGGGUACCAGUGGUUCAGCCAGGGGAUCACCUUUUUUGGUUUAACCGUCCGCGUCUCAUUCUUUUUCUCAUUAACUUUGUCCUUUUUCAGAACGCUUUUCAGUUGGCAUUCUUUGCUUGGACUUGGUAUGAAUUCGGGUUGAAAUCUUGUUACCACGACCAUACUGAGGAUAUUGUCAUCAGAAUAACUAUGGGGGUUCUCAUUCAGAUUCUCUGCAGUUAUGUUACUCUUCCUCUUUAUGCCCUGGUAACACAGAUGGGUUCAAACAUGAAAUCAACCAUCUUCAAUGAAAGAGUAGCAACAGCAUUGAAGAAUUGGCACCACACAGCAAAGAAACAUGUAAAGGAUCAAAGCAAGCAUUCUAAUCCAGUGACACCUAUGUCAAGUAGGCCAGGGACACCUUCUCACGGCAUGUCGCCUGUGCAUUUAUUGCGCAGCCACUACAGGAGCGACAUGGGUAGCCUACAAAACUCGCCUCGUAGAUCAAACUACGAUGUUGAUCACUGGGACAACGAAGGCUCGCCUUCCCCCUCCCGAUUUUUCCAGGAGGCUGAUAUUUCCUCAUCGUACAUGCACCAGAUUCAACUUGGCCAGUUUGACCAUGACUCAUCAGAAGUUAUUGGGGCUAGCUCAUCACAAGUGGUUCCUCUGCCACAAGAGGACUUUGAACAACAUGAGAUCACUAUUGUUGGGUCAAGAGAUUUUUCUUUUGAGAAAAGAACAUCCAGUAUAUAGAUAUUAUUUAACAAGACCCAUUAUAUUCUAGAUUAUGUUUAUUAAUUUUUACUUGAAUUCGAAGAAAUUACAGAUCCUGAUUGCAGUAUUGCUGCAAUGGAUGCACGGUGUAAAUCUCUGUAAUUAAGAGAUCGAGAAUUUGAUCUGAAAAUUCUACUCAAAUACAAAGAUCAUUUAAUUUUUCCAUUUUCAA